AUGAAUGUUGAUGGGGAAAAUCAAGUUCCAAAGUCAGAGGAAGUUCAAAUGACUAAUGGAGACUCUUCUGUUAAUAAUAUGCCAGCUGGCCAUAUUGAGAAGAAGAGAGCUCCUAAUAGAUUACUUGUUGACGAUGCAAUUAAUGAUGAUAAUUCUGUUGUAUGUUUAAGCCCAGCAAAGAUGGAGGAGUUGAAAUUAUUUAGAGGUGAUACGAUUUUGUUAAAAGGUAAGAAACGUAGAGAUACUAUUUGUAUAGUACUGGUUGACCCUGAUUUGGAAGAGGGAAAAAUUCGCAUGAAUAAGGUUGUUAGAAAGAACUUAAGAGUCAAGCUUGGAGAUACUGUUUCUGUGCUCGAAUGUGGAGACGUUCCAUAUGGCAAGAGAAUUCACGUUUUACCCUUUGACGAUUGUUUAGAAGGUAUUACUGGUAAUCUUUUCGAGACGUAUUUAAAACCUUAUUUCCUGGAAGCUUACAGACCUGUCAAGAAAGGGGAUGCUUUCUUAGUAAGAGGAGGGUUCCGUCCAAUUGAGUUUAAGGUUGUUGGAGUUGAUCCAGAAGAAUACUGUAUUGUAGCUCCGGAUACUGUUAUUCACUGUGAAGGCGACCCAAUCAAAAGAGAAGACGAGGAAAAGAUGGACGAUAUUGGCUAUGAUGACAUUGGAGGUUGCAGAAAACAAAUGGCUCAAAUCAGAGAGAUGAUUGAGCUUCCUCUCCGUCAUCCAGGAUUAUUCAAAGCCUUGGGAGUUAAACCUCCAAGAGGAGUUUUGCUCUAUGGACCUCCUGGUUCUGGUAAAACUCUUAUUGCCAAGGCAGUGGCAAACGAAACAGGAGCAUUCUUCUUCUUGAUUAAUGGACCAGAAGUUAUGUCAAAGAUGGCGGGAGAGGCAGAAGGUAACUUGCGUAGGGCUUUUGAGGAGGCUGAGAAGAACUCUCCUGCGAUUAUUUUUAUUGAUGAAAUUGAUUCCAUUGCUCCCAAGAGAGAGAAAACCAAUGGAGAGGUUGAACGCCGUGUCGUAUCACAGUUACUAACUCUUAUGGACGGUUUGAAAGGCAGAGGCCAGGUAGUUGUUAUUGCAGCAACAAACAGACCAAAUUCAAUUGAUCCAGCAUUGAGAAGAUUUGGUAGAUUUGAUAGAGAAAUUGAUAUUGGAGUCCCAGAUGACAAUGGCAGACUCGAGAUCAUCAGAAUCCAUACAAGAAACAUGAAGUUGGCUAAGGAUGUCAAAAUUGACGAUAUUGCAGCCAAUACUCACGGCUUUGUAGGAGCAGACUUGGCUCAACUUUGCACCGAAGCGGCCCUCUGUUGUAUCCGCGAGAAGAUGGACGUCAUUGACAUGGAGGAUGAAACUAUUGACGCUGUAAUUUUGGAUUCUAUGGCUGUCAGUCAAGACCACUUCAACUCUGCAUUAGGUGUUUGCAACCCAUCUUCUCUAAGAGAAACUGUAGUUGAAGUUCCUAAUAUCAAAUGGGAUGAUAUUGGUGGGCUUGAGGAAGUGAAACGCAACUUGCAGGAAAUGAUACUCUACCCUAUUGAACAUCCUGAGAAAUUUGAGCGCUUUGGAAUGAGUCCUUCUCGUGGUGUUCUAUUUUAUGGUCCACCGGGUUGUGGUAAAACUUUGCUUGCAAAGGCUGUUGCAUCUGAAUGCUCUGCAAACUUUAUUUCUGUUAAGGGACCUGAACUUCUAACCUUAUGGUUUGGUGAGAGUGAAGCCAAUGUCAGAGAGGUGUUUGAUAAGGCCAGAGCUGCUGCUCCUUGUGUACUAUUCUUUGAUGAGUUGGAUAGUAUUGGUACUCAGAGAGGAAGCAGCAUGGGAGAUGCAGGUGGCGCUGGAGAUAGAGUUAUGAAUCAGUUACUUACAGAAAUAGAUGGUGUUGGUGUUAAAAAGAAUCUCUUCUUUAUUGGAGCUACAAAUAGACCAGAAAUCCUCGAUGAGGCUCUAUUGCGUCCAGGAAGGCUCGAUCAGCUUAUUUACAUUCCUCUUCCAGACCUUCCUGCUAGGGUUUCCGUUCUCCAAGCUAUUCUUAGAAAGUCUCCUCUCUCAAAGAAUGUACCUAUAUCUUUUAUUGCUCAGAAGACUGAAGGAUUCUCAGGCGCAGACCUUGCAGAGCUUUGCCAAAGAGCAGCAAAGGCUGCCAUUAGAGAUGCUAUUGCUGCUGAAGAGCUAAAAAAGGCAGCUGGGGAUGACAAUGCUAUGAAGAUUGAGGAUGAAUCAGACAAUCAUAUUUACGAAAUUGGGAGAAAACACUUCGAAGAGGCAUUUGCUGGUGCAAGAAGAUCCGUUAGUAUCACCGAUCUUGCCAAGUAUGACCAGUUUAGAAUGAAGUUUGACCCUGUAUAUGUCACCCAGUCUGGAGGUGAAGGGUUUACAAUUGACUGGCCAGAUUCAACCCAUGCUCAAUACUCUGCUCCCAUUGAUGAUGAUGCUGAUGAUUUAUAUUCAUAA